AUGAUAUCAUUAUCCAAAAUACUGCAACUGAACUCGCUCGCGCAAUUUCUAGCCAUGUACUGGGGGUUGUUGUCGCAACAAGGCCAGGCACCUGAAAAGGCUCUGCGUGCACAUACAGGUACACUUUUAGGCGACAAGAUGUACGUCAUCGGAGGUUGCGAUCGACAAGGAUGCUGGCGUGGCGUAUGCACCUAUAAUACGGAAUCUCACGUCUGGGCUCGACUUUGUCCGACUGGAGUGACCCUGCCGCCACUUAGAGCGCAUACGACCACUCCUGUCGGAAACGUGCUGUAUGUCUUUGGCGGAGGAGAUGGACCUACUUACAGUAACGACGUGUGGGCUUAUCAUACUCUGGACAGCAAAUGGGUGAAACCAAACAUCAUUACUCCAAAGAACAGCUGGCCAUUACAACGCCGUGCACAUACUACGGUACACUAUAAAGACUUUCUGGUGGUCUUUGGAGGAGGAAACGGACAGGCUGCAUUGAAUGACGUCUGGGCUCUGAAGAUAUCCGAUCCGGACGAGUUGACCUGGGAGGAGUGGAAGGCUACGGGGGACGUCCCGGUACAAAAAGGUUAUCAUACUGCGAAUCUGGUCGGAAGCAAGAUGCUAGUCUAUGGGGGAAGUGAUGGGAACCAUUCUUUUUCGGAUAUACAUGUUUUGGAUCUCGAAACCAUGGUCUGGACGAUGGUACAUACGCAACUCCAAUUCAGCCGGUUGUCGCAUACCGCUACACAGGUCGGAUCUUACCUGUUCAUCAUCGGCGGACACGACGGACACAAGUAUGCUCAGGAUGUUCUCUUUUUGAAUCUCGACACCCUGGAAUGGGAGUCCAAGGUCAUUUCCGGCAAGAUCCCCGUAGGCAGGGGCUACCACGUCUCGGUUCUGCACGACAACCGACUCAUCAUGUUUGCCGGAUACAACGGAGUCAACCAUUUCGACGACCUCUGGACACUGGAGCUCGCCUCGAGUGCUUAUCUGCAGCAAGUCAAUGGAUUUCAGAUCGAUGAGACGGCCAAGCGGGUCGCAGUGGCUAGAAAGGAUGCUUGA